AUGAGUAAAAUAGUUAGCGUACAACCUUCUCCUAAACAUUCAAGAGAUAAUGAUAAAGAUGAAGGCAUGAAGAUAUCGUGGAGCAAUCUCCACUACACUGUCAAAGCCAAGUACAGCAAAGCACAGAGCAAAGACCUCAACACCAAAGAUAAAUACUACGACAAAGAAAUCCUGAAGCCCCAGAGCGGCUACAUUAAGUCAGGUGAAACCUGUUUUAUCAUGGGUUCUUCCGGAGCCGGCAAGACCACUCUGCUCAAUGUGCUCUGCGACCGAAUCACCCAGAAUUCCAAGUGCAAGCUUGAAGGAGAUAUCUUGCUGAACGACUCGUAUCCGGUGACUCAGAAGGACUUCGGAAAGUAUGGAGCAUAUGUGAUGCAGGACGAUGUGCUAUUCCCAACACUCACUUGAGAAGAAGUCAUUACAUUCUCGGCAAGGCUCAAGCUUAAUAUUUCUGGACAAGCGCUAAAGCUUAAGGUUGACAAGAUCAUCGACAGUCUUGGGCUUUUGAAGUGUAGAAAGACAAAGAUAGGAAGUCAGGAGAUCAAGGGACUUAGUGGUGGUGAAAGAAAGAGAACUGCUAUUGGAGUUGAAAUGAUCACUGAUCCUCAAGUUCUUUUCCUUGAUGAACCAACUUCUGGAUUAGAUAGCUUCACAGCUAAUAAGAUCGUCAGACUUCUGGUCGAUCAGUCUCGUCAAGGCAGAACUAUCAUUGCAACCAUACAUCAGCCAAGUUCCAGCACUUUUGCUCUAUUCGAUAGACUCAUUCUGUUAAUGGAUGGCCACUUGAUCUACCAAGGCAAAGCUGAUCAGGCAACCAACUACUUCCAAGGACUGGGCUUCAAAGUCCCUACUUACGCAAACCCAGCAGAUUUCUUCUUGAAGGAGUUCUAUGUGCCAUUCAGGAAGACAGCAAAAGACUCAGAAAAGUUGGACAGAUUGGUCCAAGGAUACGAAAUUAACAUGAAGCAAGCUGUGGAAGCUGAAAAUAAAGGAGAAAAUAACUAUGAAAAAAUCACAUCAGAAAAGCUAGACGAUAAUAAGUCUCAUGCAGGGUUCUUGGUUGAAUUCAAAGAGCUUCUAAAGCGUGCUCUCAAAAAUAUAGUAAGAAGUCCCUUGAUGACUAGGAUGAGAACCAUGCAGACCCUAGUUAUGGCCAUCCUUUGCAUACUUAUUUUCUGGGAUCUUGAAGAAGACAGAGAAGGAGCAAAUGGCAAAGCAGGAUUCCUUUUCUUUGUUGGUAUAAAUCAAACCAUGACUGGGUUAAUGGGAGUUCUACUGGUGUUUAUACUUGAAAGACCAGUGUUUUUAAGAGAACAUGCUAAUAAUACGUAUGGUCUAACCUCUUAUUUCACAUCAAAAUCAAUGGUAGAAGCUCCAUUCCAAGUGAUGUUCCCCAUAUUAACAUCAAUAAUGGUCUACUUUCUUGUUGGAUUGACAGCAGAGUUUGAUAAGUUCUUAAUAUUCACUCUUGUGCUUGUAGUUCUCGUAUUCUGUUCGACCUCAGUAGGUUUCUUCAUCGGCUGUCUGUUCGACAACCCUUCAGUGGCCACGCCUGCCUCCAUGAUCAUAAUGAUGCCCUACAUGAUGUUCGGAGGCUACUUCGUCAACCUAAAAGAUGUAUACGUGUGGCUCAGGUGGAUCCAGUAUUUGUCACCCUUGAGGUACUCGACGGAAGCACUGAUGAGGAAUGAAUUUGAAGAUAAUGAAGAGUACUCGCAGGAAUUUCAGGAGAUUUACGAAAAAUACGACUACAACAUCGGCCUCUGGCCCUGCAUCGGCAUCCUCGCUCUCCUCUCAAUCCUCUUCCGAAUCGGCGCUUACAUCUCCCUCCGCCUGACAGUGACCAAAGUCCAAUAACCCUCCACCCUAACCUAACUUAUCCAAAUUCUCCCUAAACCCC